GGAAAAGCUCAUGAGUGCGGGCGCAGCAUCCAAACCUCGGCCACAGGCACUAUCCGUCGGGAUUGUCGUGUGAUACAUCCAUCUCAGUGUUGGCCAACGGACGCCGCCACAGCUACCACAAUCACCGCUCGAACAGCCAUAUAAAACCCAAGCCUCGCGAGAGGCUUCAACCCACGCCGUCGUGUUACCCUUCUACUCCCAGCCAACAACUGCCCCUCGCGCCCUCCCCGCGCCACACGCAGCUGCCCACGAUGGGGUCCAAUCUUCCUUAUGCCAUCGAUGCGGAAACCCCGCUCAAGCCCGACGAGCUCCAGGUUCUACGGGCACAGUUCGAGAAGGAGGGGGACAUGGUCGGAGUGCAGACCAAGUUCAAUUACGCCUGGGGUCUCGUCAAGUCUAACGCGCGGCCGGACCAGCAGAAUGGAGUGAUGCUGCUGUCAGAAAUCUUCCGGACGUCUCCGGAGCGGCGACGAGAAUGCCUCUACUACCUAGCGCUAGGCAACUACAAGCUGGGCAACUACGCGGAUGCGAGGCGGUAUAACGACCUCCUGCUAGACAAGGAGCCGACGAACCAGCAGGCAACGAACCUGCGUUCUCUCAUCGACGACAAGGUGGCAAAGGAGGGUCUGUUGGGAGCUGCCAUCAUCGGUGGGGUUGCUGUUGCCGCUAGUGUCGUGGGCGGUAUCCUCCUCAGGAAUCUGGGCCGGAAGAGGUAGCCGCAGGAUUCAGGUGGUUGGCUAUCCGUGUGCAUGAGGAGGUGGCCCAGUGCCAGGCUUUCUCUGGCUUCCAGCGCCAGCGCCCAUCGGUGCGGAGGAGCAUACGACGCCCCUCUUUCUCCUUGAUGAGCGCUAAUAUGUAUCAACAGCUCACUCUCCAUCUAGCCCUGUAAGCCCGUAGCAGAUGAGUACCUAUAUAAUACCCCCUUCUUCUCGGAA